AUGAAGGCAGAUCUGGGGAUCACCUGGUACCGUCUCAAUAAACUAAGAAGGUAUGGUAUAGUUUAAUCAUGUUUUAAUUUUACUCAUCAUGUUCUAUGUGACUCUCAUUUAGGCAAAAACAAAAUAAUUCCAUUUAAUGUUCACAGUACCUAGUUUGGAUAUCUGAAUGUUUUUACAUUAAGGUGGUUUAAGCAAUGGGGAAUCAAGAUGGAGAGUGAGAAGAAGCAAAGAGUACGCAAGAGGGAGCAGAUAGGAGACAAAAUUGAAGAGGAGCUUCUUCCAAUGGAACACACAGAGAGACGAGGGAACAAGACUGUCACGGUAAUAAAGGAAACUCCCUGUGCCUAUGUCAGCGACCUUAAGGAGCAAAUUAUUUCUUAUGUGGAUGACUGUGACUCGUAAGUAAGACUAUGCUUCUUAUUCUUAAUUGACUAGAAGACAUGUCUUUAGGGGAUUGUUUCUAAUAGCUCUUUACAAUAAUUUUUUCACAGGACGGGACAACUUACUUGGCACAAUGGCAAAAUACCACAAGACAAACGUUUUGUUAAAAUUGGGGGAGAUCAUGGGCAAGGGUCAAUGAAAUUAGAAUUUCAAUUGGCCAGCCUCGUUAAACCCAACUCUAGGAAAAAAACUGUGGUAUUUGCCAUUUAUGAGGGUAAGGAUACCCGAAACAAUCUUCUCACAGUCCUUCAACAGCACGCUGAUUCUCUGAAGGAACUUACUACUCUAAGAGUCAAGGAAGUUAAUAAUCCUAUGCCCAAAUUAUUACCGGUAAUACAAAUCUAAUUAUUCUAGUAUUAAUUUGGAUGACUGUAUAAAUUAUAUUUUAGGAACAAAAUCCCAGUCCUCUUCCUUUUUGGGGAUUACGAAUUCCUUUGUAAAGUUAUGGGGAUCAGUGGUGCAAGUGGUAAGCAAAUCAGUUUAACAAAUUUUAAUGCACUUUGAAUGCUAAAAUAAAUUCAGGAACUUACAAAUUCAACAUUCUUUGUAGGACGUCAUUCAUGCCUCUGGUGUACCAUCAUAACUAGUGAUAUGAAACUCCCAAAGAAUCAAAGAAGCCCUACAACAUCCCGUACACUGGAACACCUUCAGAAUUGCCACAAAAAAUUCAUUGAUGAUGGGGGUGACAUAAAAAAGGCAAAGAACUACUGCAGUGUAAUCCAGAAGGCGAUUUUUGAAAUCCCAUCCCAAUUGACCAGGUAUAACAUCUUAUCCAGAAACCUUUUUCAAGAUAAUGUAGAUUAUUCCUUUUGUAUUAUUUCACUAAUAUUGUUUUGCAUGAUAAUCUUCAGAUAUGCAUUCCUGGUCUCCACAUUAGCCUUGGACUGUUUUUGAAGUUUUUUUUAUAUGCUUGUUGGGGAGUGUGA